GUGCGGCGUGACGGGGAAGUGCUUUUCCCUUCGGCGGCGGAGAAAAGGAGGCCGCAGAGGGCCAGGUGUGGAGGCGGCUUCCGCGCGCCGCCCUCAGCAUGCAGCGGUUGCUCUGGCCUCCCUUGAAGGCCUGGGCGCGGAGCCCGAGUCUCCGGCUCCUGGUGCCCAGGGCGGCGCCUAGGGCACAGUGUGGUUGCAGCUGUGGAUCCAGGCGCCCUUUGAGGCCAGGACAAUACAGCACCAUCUCAGAAGUAGCCUUGCAGUCUGGAAGGGGCACAGUGCCCCUUCCCUCAAAGGCUGCUGAGCGAGUCGUGGGCCGAUGGCUCUUGAUCUGCAGCGGAACAGUGGCCGGAGCAGUCAUUCUUGGUGGAAUAACUAGGUUGACGGAGUCUGGCCUCUCGAUGGUAGACUGGCAUCUAAUAAAGGAGAUGAAGCCUCCUGCCAGCCCAGAGGAAUGGGAAGCAGAAUUCCAAAAAUACCAGCAAUUUCCAGAAUUUAAAAUAUUGAAUCAUGAUAUGACGUUGGCAGAAUUCAAGUUCAUCUGGUACAUGGAGUACUCCCACCGAAUGUGGGGGCGCCUGGUCGGCCUCACGUACAUCCUGCCUGCUGCCUACUUUUGGAGAAAGGGCUGGCUCAGCCAUGGUAUGAAAGGACGUGUUCUUGCUCUCUGCGGCUUAGUCUGUUUCCAGGGUCUGUUGGGAUGGUACAUGGUAAAGAGCGGAUUGGAGGAAAAGCCCGACUCCCACGACAUCCCUCGAGUCAGUCAGUACCGCCUGGCGGCACACCUGGGAUCAGCCCUUGUUCUGUACUGCGCCAGCCUGUGGACCUCGCUCUCGCUGCUGCUGCCUCAGCACAAGUUGCCAGAAACGCGUCAGCUCCUUUGGCUGAGACGGUGCGCUCAUGGAACUGCGGGCUUCGUGUUCCUGACCGCACUCUCAGGGGCUUUUGUGGCAGGGCUGGAUGCUGGGCUUGUGUACAACUCCUUUCCCAAGAUGGGCGACUCCUGGAUCCCAGCAGACCUCUUUACCUUCUCCCCUAUCCUGAGGAAUGUUUUUGAGAAUCCCACCAUGGUGCAGUUUGAUCACCGUAUCCUGGGCAUCAGCUCCGUCACGGCUGUCACAGUGCUGUACCUCCUCUCCCGGCGGGUUCCCCUUCCUCGGAGGACCAGGAUGGCAGCCAUGGCCCUGCUGGCUGUAGCCUAUACCCAGGUCGGCUUGGGCAUCAGCACUUUACUCACGUACGUUCCCACCCCUUUGGCGGCCACUCACCAGUCGGGCUCCCUGGCUCUGCUCAGUGUGGCCCUCUGGCUCAUGAAUGAACUCCGACGUGUCCCCAAGUGAGGAGCAACUUCCUCGGGCUGGAACCGAGUCUCCGAGAGCUCAGAUGGCCACGAGAACUUGGGCUGGUCUAAGCGGGGAACCUGGCCCACCAAGUCGCUUCCACGUCAUUUCAGACUUUGGGCCCACUGUGUUGAGGCCAAGUCCCUGGAUCAGAAAUGUCCAUCACAUGUGGUUUACAUGACAGACUCCCCUCUGAAUAGAUUACUUCUCCAACUGAGAAUUAGGGUCCAUGAAGAGAAAGACGUCUGCCAUGGCUCUGCCCUUACUAGGGCGGGUGCUGGAUGUGGGCAGGUUCUUGAGUCUUUGGGCAUGAUUUCUGUCUGGGCUUCCUGAGUCCUGAAUUCUGCUUAAACGGCAGCUCUUUCCCACAUCCACUCCCCUGAGGUGGAGGUUUAAAGGGAAGGAUUGGCACACCCUAAAGUAACCAGCAAGCUCUCAGCAGCAAAGAGCCUGUCCUUCUGCUAUCUCCAUUUCAAAAAUGGGGAGAGAUUUUGACAAAUUAAUGUCUACAGACUGCAAGUUGGUUUACAAGAACUUGACAGGAGGCCGCUGCUGGGUCAGAAGAACAGAAUCGGCGACAGUUCCCUGGAAGACAGAAGGAGCUGUGGCUGGUGGACGCUCAGGUAGCCCCGACUGACAACGUAUCCGAGUGAUGCUGAGCCAUAAAGGCUGCUCACUUCAGGUGGUGUGUCUGUUGUUUUUAACUUUACAUCUUACGUGCUACGUACUACACACAUUGUUUCAGUACAGAAUUUGCUGAUGUUAUCCUCAUGCCAAUCUUCAAAGACAAAGAUCAGAUUUGUAAAAAUACCAAUAAUAAAAGGUACCAAUAAAUGAGGACUUGGGAAAAAAAUCCCACGGCCAGCAGAACUAAUUUAGGAUGGCAUCUUGGAAUGGAGCCGGCCGUAAGUCGGGGACUGCCUGUACAUGGGAAUCUGUGGAUGUCUAAACACAUCAUUAAAGAAUGAAUGGCCGCGAUUGAAGUUA